CUUUCAUUUUGAUUUUAUUAACUUUUCAAGUAUUUAAGGCAAACAAAGAUUGUCCUUUGUAGCCCCAGUGGGCAUCUUCUGAGAGGCCCCAGGUGUCCGUGUUCUGCCCAUCUCUCUAUCCUUAUGCAAAGGGCAUUCAAGAUCUGUCCUGGAAACCCGUUCUCCUGCCUCUCAGCUCUGUUUGCUUUGGAGUUUUAUCAGGAAAGGGCAGAAUGGGAGGCCCUGCUUGUAAGCUGAAGAUGUCAGGCACACCACCCUGACCUUUUUCCCAGCAAAACAGCUCUGGUAAGUGGGCAAGCCUUGAGCCUGGGGACCCACAGACACAUUGGAUGACUCAUUUGUGCAGAAAUCAGUUGAGCAAUCUCCUCCUAGGGCGCAGCACCCGGCCUGGGAGCAGAGCCUGCUGCUCCACUGCCCUCUUCCCGGUGCUGCAGACAUGGCCAAUGGGACCAACAUCUCUGCCCCAUACGACAGCUACGAAUACUACAUGGACUACCUGGACCUCAUUCCUGUGGACGAGAAGAAGCUCAAAGCCCACAAACAUUCCAUUGUCAUUGUCUUCUGGGUUAGCGUGGCUGCCUUCGUGGUGCUCCUCUUCCUCAUCUUGCUCUACAUGUCCUGGUCCGGCUCCCCACAGAUGAGGAGCGGCCCUCAGCACCACCGAGCAUGCUCCUGGAGUCGAAGCCUCAGCCUUCCCCUCUGCCUCCGGAGGCACCUGCCAUGCCAUAAGCUCCCCCAGGGGACCUCACAGACCCCACCAAGCUCAGUGAAGGACCCAGAAAGUGGAGCUGGCUCUGACCAGUGGCUAUGGCAGGACAGUCCCUCAGCCUCCCUCCCAGGCCCUCUCAGGCCAAAUCCACUUUCCUGUGGGAGCUGGCACUCAAAAGGGGUCUCUAAGGCAUCAGCUGAUGUCAGGAACAAGCCCAGUGAGCCUUCCCCAGAGACAAAAACUCUCAAUUACAGAACAGACACCAGUAAACCACAGCCAUAGCUGAGUGAAAUCCAAGUAACCAGGACACAUGCUAUCUUUCUAGAAGCUGUCUGCACAUGGCAGAAAGUGCAGCUACAGGAGUUGCAUCACAUGCCUUUGACAAAGGCUUACGAUGGCCCUUCUGGCACAGAAAAGUCAUCCCAGGGACUUUAGUACACUUGAGCUGCUUCCUUGCGGCUUACGUUUGCGUGGGGAAGAUGGGAAAAUAAAUAUAAAUGAAAUUAAGAGAGAAAAACACUUGCUUACUACUCUUUAC